CCUCCAUCCGGAGCCGGCAGGAGAGGAGAACGAUGUUUAACUCGGUCAACCUGGGCAACUUCUGCUCGCCGUCGCGCAAAGAGAGGGGCGCUGACUUCGGCGAGCGAGGGAGCUGCGCCUCCAACCUCUAUCUACCCAGUUGCACUUACUACGUGCCCGAGUUCUCCACGGUCUCCUCCUUCCUGCCCCAAGCCCCCUCUCGUCAGAUCUCCUAUCCCUACUCGGCCCAAGUGCCCCCGGUCCGGGAGGUCUCCUACGGCUUGGAGCCAUCCGGCAAGUGGCACCAUCGGAACAGCUACUCUUCCUGCUAUGCCGCGGCCGACGAGCUUAUGCACCGGGAGUGCCUUCCUCCUUCCACAGUCACUGAGAUCCUCAUGAAAAACGAAGGUUCCUACGGCAGCCACCACCACCCCAGCGCCCCUCAUGCUGCCCCCGCCGGUUUUUACUCUUCAGUCAACAAGAACAGCGUCCUGCCUCAAGCCUUCGACCGUUUCUUCGACAACGCCUACUGCGGUGGCGGCGACGCACCCGCGGAGCCCCCCUGCUCCGGCAAGGGCGAGGCCAAGGGGGAGCCCGAAGCGCCCCCGGCCUCGGGACUGGCGUCCCGGGCUGAGGCGGGGGCCGAGGCGGAGGCCGAGGAGGAGAACACGAAUCCCAGCUCGUCCGGUUCUGCCCACUCGGCGACCAAGGAGCCGGCCAAGGGAGCCGCCCCCAACGCCCCCCGCACCCGCAAGAAGCGCUGCCCUUAUUCGAAAUUCCAGAUUCGGGAACUGGAGCGAGAGUUUUUCUUCAACGUGUAUAUCAACAAAGAGAAGCGGCUGCAGCUGUCCCGGAUGCUGAACCUGACGGACCGACAAGUGAAAAUUUGGUUUCAGAACAGGAGGAUGAAAGAAAAAAAACUAAGCAGAGACCGGCUGCAGUAUUCGGGAAAUCCGCUGCUGUAA